CAUCUCAUUGAUGUACGGACAGCUAAUCCACCUUCACAUCAAAGCCCCGUUCCGCAACUCAUUCAUUAUCAACGGCAUCCACCUCAUUCGUUGACUCCUGAGUCCUGCCUCACUUCAUCUUUGACUCUUGGGCCCGCCGUCGUCGUCACGAAGUGCAGGCCUUCGCCACCGUAAUCAUGGCCUCCGAAACCAAGCCCGACGACACAGGCUCUGACACGGGUUCAGAGUUCCACACUCCGAUCAUGACACCUGCAACAAUAUCCUUAGCAGGCGAUGAUGACAAAGAUGAUCAAUUAAGCGACAUACCUUGGCCCGGCAAGUACUUCUACAUUAUCGACAAGGAGUCUGGCAAAGCCAUCACACUCGUCGAUGACAGGCCAGUCCUCAUGGACCUCCAAGGCGUGCGCGAUCCCGCGACCAUGUGGUAUUGCGUCGAGAAGCAAGGCUAUUUCGGGUUUCUCAACAAGAGUUGGGGAAAGUUCAUCGGCCACAACAGCAAGAGCGACGUAGGUGCAUGGGCUGGAGAGUUCAAUGAGUGGGAGUCGUGGGUUCCAAGGCAACAUCCAGAUGGAGGCUACCAGCUGCUGUCGCCGUACUGGACCCAUACUAUGAUGCAGCUUUGCGUUGCUACGGACAGGAUCAAUUUGUGUAGGCGGUCUCAUGGCCCGACGUUGUGGUUUUUCAUGCAGGUUCCGUGGUAGGUCUGGCCUAGGGAUAUACAGACCGAGGUCGCAGAUUUCUUUGUCGGUGUUUGAUCGUUAGAGCGGAAUCGAAGGCGUUCAAGAGUUCGUCCAACAGGGUUGAUUGGUGACACUCGUCUAUUCACCCAUUGCUGAAUAACAGCCAACACUGGGACGUUGGCUGAGCUUCUGGGCGCAGUACCAUGUUGGAUUUUGUUGCCAGGCAACACAGCAAUAACACGGUCACUGUCUCAACACUGGAAAAGUCUGAUAAGGACUACCAAGGAUAGGGACUACCCAGCCUUCCUCAUUAACCAGAAAAGCCAGUGGAGCCAAAGUCUGUGGAUGCAUGGGGAAUUCUUCCGGCCAAACUGUAGGGUAUCAUUGGUACUCAGAAGGACACACUUUGCAAUUGUAGGAGAGAAGAACACAUGUAAGCAUGAAAAAAU